UCUGCCCAGCCCGGCGGCCGCGACUCCGACUCCGGGCGUCCCGGCGGCGUCCAGGCAGCGAGCGCACACUCCGGACCCUCCGUGCCGCGCCGGCAGCGUCCAGUCAGCAUGGAGAAGGACAGCCUGAGCCGCGCCGACCAGCAGUAUGAGUGCGUGGCCGAGAUCGGCGAGGGCGCCUACGGGAAGGUGUUCAAGGCCCGCGACCUGAAGAACGGCGGCCGCUUCGUGGCUCUGAAGCGCGUGCGAGUGCAGACCAGCGAGGAGGGCAUGCCGCUCUCCACCAUCCGCGAGGUGGCGGUGCUGAGGCACCUGGAGACCUUCGAGCACCCCAACGUGGUCAGGUUGUUUGAUGUGUGCACAGUAUCACGAACAGACAGAGAGACCAAACUUACACUGGUCUUUGAGCAUGUUGAUCAAGACUUGACCACUUACUUGGAUAAAGUUCCAGAGCCUGGAGUACCCACAGAAACCAUAAAGGAUAUGAUGUUUCAGCUUCUCCGAGGUCUGGACUUUCUUCAUUCUCACCGAGUAGUGCAUCGUGAUCUAAAACCACAGAACAUUCUGGUGACCAGCAGUGGACAAAUUAAACUGGCUGACUUUGGCCUUGCCCGCAUCUAUAGUUUUCAAAUGGCCCUUACCUCAGUGGUCGUCACGCUGUGGUACCGAGCCCCAGAAGUCUUGCUCCAGUCCAGCUACGCCACCCCUGUGGACCUCUGGAGUGUUGGCUGCAUAUUUGCAGAAAUGUUUCGCAGAAAGCCUCUUUUUCGCGGAAGUUCAGAUGUGGAUCAACUAGGAAAAAUCUUGGAUGUGAUUGGACUCCCAGGAGAAGAAGACUGGCCCAGGGAUGUUGCCCUUCCCAGGCAGGCUUUUCAUUCCAAAUCUGCCCAACCCAUCGAGAAGUUUGUGACAGAUAUUGAUGAACUAGGCAAAGACCUACUUCUGAAAUGCUUGACAUUUAAUCCAGCUAAAAGAAUAUCCGCCUAUGGCGCCCUGAAUCACCCAUACUUCCAAGACCUGGAGAGGUACAAGGACAGCCUGCACACCCACCUGUCAUCCACCCAGAGCACCUCAGAGCUGAACACAGCCUGAGGUUCCCCGGGGAUGCCAUGAGCUGGUCAUCGAAGCAUGUUGGUAGCUGACGAGUCCCCUCAGCAAGGCUUGCAGAGCAGGUGAAGAUGGCUGGCUGUGGGCCUUCCAGCUGCCGGCUUCUGGAUGGGCUCUGCUCCACCAAGGACACCACCUAGUUUACUGUUCAGAAAUCAAUGCAAGAGUCAUUGCAGCUUUAUGUUCGUUCACUUGUUUGUCUGUCUGUCUGUUUCAAGAGCCUGGAAAACUUCCAGAGAAGAGAAGCUGCUGACCAAUUGUGCUGCCGUUCAUUUCCUAGCCUUGAAUGCUGCCCGUGUGGGGUGGGUAACCCAGGCCCAGCUGAGUUACGAUGUCAUCCCUCUGCAGCUGCUGGGCCUGCUUUGGUACUUGUGAGUGUGUGUGAGAGAGAGAUCCCUGAUCUCCUAAAAUGUUACUUUUUGUAGACAACAAGAAUAGUUGAAUUUUAAGGACUAAAAUGACUGAUAGGAACAAGGGCUUGUUCAAUGAAGGUGACUCAGCAGUGUAGUCCUCUCAGUUAGAAAGGUGAGCCUACGUCCUCGGCAUUUCCUUUCUGUCCAAAAGCUUUGGCUAGCAGUAAACGAUAAAGUUCUAGACACCACAAAAACAAGAAAGAAAAAGGGAGGAAAAACCCUAGUAUCUUUUAAGAGACUUUUUCUAAGCAUGCAUCCUUCUGUUUGCUCUUUGGAAAGCUGAAUUUACUUGUCCUAAGUCCUAUAUAUAGUACAGUACUCAAUUGUUUCUUUUGGGAAAGGCCUUAUAAGCAUUUUAUUACUUGCAAUAGAUUUAGGGAGUGUACCUCAAAUACAUUUUAAAGAUAGAGAAGGCCUGUAUUUUCUGGUUUGAAAUGUUAUUUCCUUUGUGUUUCUUGGUAUUUUGUUCUUUGUCUUAGGGAAUUGCUUCCUUCUCUGAUUUGGGGAUGGUUCUGACUAGAGACAGGAACGCCAUUUAGUUCUCCACACCUGCCACCCCAUACUUCCGAGCACUUGCCACAGUCUGCCUUAUGUGUAUAGUGCCCACCUUCUCUAAUGCCAGCACGUCUAAUACGUGUUGCCUAACUAAGGACAGACUGCCCAGCUGCCCCCCACACCACACCUGCCUGCUCACUGUCUCUCACUGAUGCUUUGCAAAUGACCUUGUUUAUGGCUUUUGGCUCCAAUUCUGCAAUCCGAACAGGGUCCACCUACAUCUUCUUAGUGAAGUCUUCCCGCCUGCUGUCAUGAGGUCACUUGGGCAGUGUGGAGUACUGUUCUGUGUGUCACCAGUGUAGAGGUUGCUGUCAGCGGGCACUGAGUGUUUUCCAUUCCUGUAGAGUACAUUGUCAGUGCAGUGUCCGAGGGAGGAGGAUGGCUUUUCCUCCUUUUAGAGGUAACUGUCUACUUUCUAAAGUGAUCUCGCUCUCUCUCCAUCCGCAGGGUGUACUUUUCUCUGGUGCCUUGUGCUCAGUUCUGCUUUCUGCAGAGCCAGCCUGGCCUGGGCAUCAUAAACAGCUGGACCUUGCUAUUCUCUCUCAGUCCCUUCUACUCCAUGCCACCUUUGCCUUGUGCUCGAAUUUAGUGCCCUAGUGAUUAGAAGGUGUAGAGAGCAGCUUUGGGGGAGUGUAGCUGUGUGUUCAGUCACGUUUCAGGUGCAUGUGUAUAGAAGCUAGAUCAUGUUUCAGUGUAGAACUUUGAAAGAAUGGCUGAUGUUUCACACAGUAGGACAGGUUUCAGAUGGUGUUUAUAUAUUCUGAAGCCUUACUGAAUUCUUUGUAGCUGAAUAAUACAUGUGAUUAUCUUGAAUAGAGAAUAAUUAGAUGCCCUUCCUGAGAGCUUUGGGGGUUGGGAGUCUUUCUUUUUUUUCUUAAUACAUUUAUUACAUUCUUCUGAUUCAGUAUCUUGAGAAACAGAAUUUUUUUUUUCAAAAGCAAGAUUAAAAAAAAAAAAGCUAGGCUGGGAGAAUGUUCUGUGCCUCAUUGUUAAAGCACUGGGGUGUGUUACCAGUGCGGCCAAAGCUUGAGCUAGGCUCAGAGCAGCAGACAAGGCCUGUCCUAGGUCUCACUGGGACAGUGAAUUCUGCCUUGCCUUUGAGCAAGGUUCAAAAGGCAGGUUUUUUUCUGGGGCCUAGAAAUCGAACAUAAAACUCAUUUGCCAUGGCCUACUCCAUUUCGGUUUAGUAUCCAUGUGAUAAAGUGAAAAUAAUUUUGAGGGUUUUGCUUUUGGAAGAAAAAAAAAAAAAGACACACACACCCCACCCCAACCCAACCCCCGUUAGCUUUGUUCAAGGAAAAUACAGCUAUCUUAAACUGGAAUCUAUCUACUCUUCAGAAUUUUUAACGUAUAGAGUUCAACUUCAUUAUUGUCAUCUGUUUUGGGCUUAUUUCUUAGUAGAUGUUUUGAUUGUUCAUUCUCGGUUUGGGGGGGUGUUGUUUUGGUUUUUUUUUUUUUAUUUUUUGUUAGUUUGUUUUUUUGGUUUUGAGACAGGGUUUCUCUGUGUAGCUCUGGCUGUCCUGGGGACCAGGCUGCCCUCGAACUCACAAAGAUCCACCUGCUUGUGUCUCACGAGUGCUGAGACUAAAGGCGUGCGGCCACCACUGCCCUGCUUUAAGUGGUGUUUUUAAAUCACAAAGCAUUUUGGUAUUAGAACUUGUCAUAUUGUGCCAGGAUGGUGCAGAAAGGGCAUCCCACCUCUCUGGAUUUUGCAUCUCUGCCCCAGAUCUUUGUUUAUACAGCUGUUCUCUGGAUGUACGUCUCCCUGAGGCUCACACUUCUGAAACCCAGUUUCCAUACAAGGAACCUUGCCCUUCGGGCCCUUAGUAGCACAUGGAAACCUAAAGUAGAAUGAAGACUCAGUGAGCAGGGCUCCCCCUUGUGGCCGAUGGUUUCACGCACCCUUGUCACUGAGAAGAUCCUACUGCCCCAGCCUUCUGCCGAAACAGCUUUCAGUAAGGAGAAACAAGUUUGAAAUUACAGUAGGAACAGCGCAAGAACAUGCCUAAUCGCUUCCCUUCGGGGUUUGGUUCCAGAGGCCAUGGCAUUGCAGGACUCACGGCGUUGUGACAGCCUCCUCAGAAACAAAAGGGGAGUUUUCCAGGUAGUCCCCAUAAGUUCACACGCUAUCUUGUGGCGAGGAGUCCCCACCGCCCACCACCCUUAGCAGCACAGUCCGUGAGCACCCAGUGGGCUGCAGCCUCCCACUCUGUCCCUCUUUGAAAGACGGGCACUCAAGCAGCAGAGAAACUGUUUCAUUAGCUUGGGACCAUUUCUGCCCCCCGCUUCUCACGAUUUUCUCUCAGAACCCACUCACUGAAUAGUAGAUUUGAAUUUAGCCUUAAGUGAUUUACUUAAAACAGCUCAGAAGUCGUCACUUAAAAACUGUAUCUCCGUGUGAUCAUUUUUAAUGAAAAUAAAAAUUCUAGCAUAACACCUUAAAUAGAAAGGGGUGCAGUUGGCUAGAAAGGGGUGCAGUUGCCUCUGGAAUAGGAUGCUAGCCAACUUGUUUGAGAAAGUCAAAAGGAGCAAACAUUUUGAACUUUAAAGUAUGUCCUGAAAUUGUUUUUAAAGUAACCAUAGCUGCUUCUCUGAAAAGCUGUGCCUACCAAGGCCAGUUAUAGCCAUUCUUGUUGUGGGAGUUAAAUCAUGUAAACUUUCUAACAUCGUAGUUAGAAACACACACACACACACACACACACACACACACACACACACACACACACACACGCACCAGGGUUUCUCUGUAGCCAUGGCUGUCCUGGAACUCACUUUAUAGAUCAGACUAUCCGCGAACUCAAGUAGAUCUGCUUGCCCCUGCCUCCUGAUUGCUGGGAGUAAAGGCGUGCGCCGCUGCCCCAGUCUGACUGUUUUUUAGGAGCACCAAGUGACUCACAUCUCCUGAAAGCACAUUUUUGUUGCACAGCUGGGUCCAGGAAAGAAGAGCUUUAAGUCCCGUGCCACUGUUCCUGCUUCCUGUGUUAGCAUCUGUUGAUAACCUGCACGAGAAUGCAUGCUUUACAUUGUGACAGGAAAUAACGAUGCUGUGUGAUUUCAGAACCUUUAAAGACUACAAAAUAAUGGGAACAAACAACAGUAUUCAAAGGGUAUUUUCAAAUUUACAUACAUUUUUGAAUAAUACACUUUUGCCAUUAAGUAUAUUCCAAGAAAAAAUUUUGAAGUCAUCCAGCACUUGUGGACUUGGUGUGUCAAAAAAAUACAAGUUUUGUAGAGACACACAGAAUCAUUGGUAUUCCUCCCUCAUUUCAUAGGAAAAAAGCAGCUAUCCUCACUAUAUAUACAUGCCUAGGAAUAUUCACUAUAAAAUAAUGAAAAUUUAAGUGGCAUUUACCUCCUAGGCAGCUGAGAAUGGACAACCUAUAAGCCUUAUCCAAAAAUCCUUCAUCAUGUGCAUCCUUAUAUCUGGGUCCAUAGUUAGGAAGGUGUUCAUACAUUCAUUCUCCACAGUGGAAGAGCCUCAUGCUACCGAAGCCUGAUGCAAGGUGUGAUUCCUGGAAUGAUUAGGAACAGUGGGCCCUCACAUGCAGGAGAAACACAGCACCUUCAUCUCCUCCCAGCUUCCUGUCUAUGGAGGGGGUAAGUCUGGUUAGACAAGCCAGGCUGGCCUGGUGUCUACAGCCUCCUGCCUCUUCCAGGCGCCUGGAUUGCACAUCUCAAGCAUAUCUAAUUUCUGUUGGCUUUUAGUUUUGUUUUGUUUUUUUUUUUAAGGAAAUAAGCGAAAAUUAUUCUUUUGCCCUACUGUCUUCUGAAAGAGAUGCUUUUUUUUUUCUCCCAAGACAAGAUUUCUUUGUGUAGCCCUAGCUAUCCUGGAUCUCGCUCUGUAGACCAGGCUGGGCCUCGAACUCACAGAGAUCCACCUGCCUCUGCCUCCCUAGUGCUGCGUGCGAUUAAAGGCGUGCGCCACCACCGUCCAGGUUCAAUUUUUAACUGUUUUUCUCAAUUUGGUUUUUUGAAUUUUUCUAAUGAAGUACCGAAUUGCCUUUUUUGGAUGUUUCCUCCAGGGUUUUCAGCAAGUUAAAUCUAACUUACUGCUAGGAUAUCCGUGCCUCUGUGGUCUGCUUCUCUGGCCCCCAAGAAAAUAGCCACCUGAGAAUAAAUUCUCCUCAGGUUUUUCCUCAAAAGUCUACAGAAAUAGUAUUACAAUAAUUCCGAAUUAAAAUGGUGAGAAUGAAAGGUAUUGGGAGUUGUUUGGUUUUGUCGGGGCAGAAGUUGGAAGGGGGAGGGGGUUGUUGCUAUAUCCCAGUCUGUUCCACAAGGUGGCGCUCUCAGAGAAAAAUCUGACCAAGGCUAAAGAGGUAUUACCUCUUUGAGAUAUUACCCCAAACUGUUUUCCACGCAUCUUUAACUGUCAUCUAACAUGUUUCUUAAGAUAAUUGACAGUCUUCACAAUAUUGUGCAGCUUGUACAUUUUGCUUUUCAGCUAGGUUCUGAGUGACUAAGUUAUGCUUGAGAAUGGCACUUCAGAGAUGAAGGAAUGCCUUUACAGUUACUGAGGGGACAUUUCUGAGGCACCCAAAAUUACCUGCAGUUCUAGGACAUCCAACUACUUCUACUUCCCUGAAGUCAACCCUCCUCUGUGAAGAGGGGCCCCAGUCAGGACGCCCACCUCCCUUGUCUGCUGCUUUCCCCCUCCGCCCUCUGUGGCCCUGUGACAGUGAUUCAUUUCUAAAUUCAAGUGAACAGGAGUGCGUCAGUAACUUGAGUCUAGCAAACCCUUUCUAAAGCCUGCAGUGCUAAAAACGUCCCUGCAAAUGACCGAGGAACUGGUAGUUUUUGGACCCGUGUAAACCACAAGUGAAAACACUUCAAUUCUAAUCCUUAAAAAUUUUGGGUAUGUAUAUAUGAACAUAACAGCUCAGGAAGGAGGGAUCUACGUAAGGCUUUGGGUUUUCCGCUGUCAGAGUCGGUUUUAUGCUGCAUUGUGAAUUCACAUUUCUGCUCAGAGACCUUCCCCCGGAGCCAGUGCUGACAGAGCAGAGGGGAUGGACAGACACGGUAUUUCAGCUUCUGGCACACCAUGACAGAAAGCAUUUGUCCCUUCUGAGUGACACACACACACACACACACACACACACACACACACACACACGCACACGCCCCUGCUUGACUUCACUCCAGAAUGGCAGGCAGGCGAGCCUCAGUUAUUUACACUGAAUCAGAAUGCGGACCAGGCCCUGCCAAGGCCCUGAGAACCUCCGGCCCUUUUCACCCCUCUGCUCUCACUGAGGCAGUUCCAGGUUAAGCCCCUCAGUGAAAGGCCAAGUUCCCCCAGGUCUGCUCUGUGCAAUCGUUCUGAAGCCCACCAGGCAGAACGAUGGGCUGGGGCAGCCGGGCCGGGGCAGCCAGGCCAGGGAGCCGGGCCAGGCCCAGAGCUGGUUGUAGGAGAGCCAAUGCCCUGUUGCAGCUCACAACCUCUGUGGUGCCUUCUGAGGAGCACGUGGCUGCCUCUGAGCAUCAGUUCACUCGCUCGCUCAGGUGUAGAGACAUGCUGGAUGCUGCCUGCACCUCCUUUACCAGACGUCUCACACGCAAAGUUUGUGGGGUUUGUUUUAGAUGUAUAAUUACAGAAGAAAUUUUUAUUUUUCCUGCUACAUACAUGGUGGCAGAAAGUUAUUCCUGGAAAUGUUUCAUUUUGAAAAACUGUUUUCUACUUCAUUUUGGCACAAGCAUGUAAUUCUUUAGUUUCCAAUUUCUCUCUUUUCUUCAAUGAGCAAAUUAUCCCUUGAGCAGAAAGAACGUUUUCCUGUUCAGAAGAAGCUUUUGUGUGAAUUGUUGGGUCACACAAAUAAUCAACACCUUGAGACUGUCAAAUGUAGGAUUUUUUGUUCGUCUGUUUUUGUUUUGUUGGUUUUUUUUUUCAGGGGACACAUAGGCACACAUUGACUGCCAGGACUUAAGUCUGGCCCUAAUUGAGCACAAAGCCACAGAGUUCUGUACGUCCUAACUCAGGCAGGGGUUCGCCACCUUCUGUUGAUGAGCUAAGACUGAGGGGCCCUCUCCCCCACUUGAUGUUUUCUUAUCUUCCGUUUUAUAAAAUGCAGUAAUAUGUAUUAGCCAGCAAUAUUUCUGUGGCCACCAACAUCUCUGAGUUUGACCUUAAGUCUCUCUCUGAGUGAUUAAAAUAGAUUCCAUCAUUUCUUGGCAUUCCCCCACAUCAUGUAUCUUUUCACUCUGGCCCUAUUUCUAACAGUGUAUCCAUGUAUAUUUCAGUUCUUACUUAUCUUCAUUAUUUUCCUAUGAACAGUAAUAGAUGUAUUAGUACAUGGAAUUAAUAGUGUACUAGAAACAGCACUUAGCAGAUGGGGAAUUUUUUUAUCAAGUUCCACAUUACAUAAAUUAUUUCUAUUAUUAUUCAUGUAUAUUAUUUAUUGCUAAACUGCACCAGUCCUGUGAAAGUGCAACUAAAGGCAGAUGUUAGGGCUUGAAUUCAAUGCUCAUUAUCAUAGUCUUGAUGGAGCUAAGGAAACAAAAUUACAGUGAUACCCCAAAUAAGCUGCAUGAGUAUAACAUGAUUAAAAUUUCAGUUGGUUAGGUGUAGUACUUUCGGUGUCUAGGUGUCUUGUUGUGUUAAGAGGCAAAGGCACAGACUUGUAGCUGUUGCUUCUGGCAGGUGUGUAUUUAGUGUACUGUAAGAAUAAUUAUAGCAAAUACUAAGGUAGAGAAGUGUGUAGAGAUUGCCUUAAUUUAGGAACUGUGCAGGUAUCCAGCAAAGUGGAUGCCAGGCAGAGCAGGCAUCUGGGUGCUGCCUCCUGACUGGUUCUGUGAACAAAAGCUUCUCAAAGCAAUCUGGUGCCCUUGUAGGUGCCCCGUGCAGUGGUGGGAACAGGUGGUACUGUGGAGAAGGGAGCGGAGUGGGGAGGGGGGUUCUGUAGAAACGGAACUGCCAGUUUAUGCCUUGAGGCUUUCAGAAUGUGUUUUCAGAUUUCAGGCAACUUUGCUGUAGGAUCGCAUGUUAUUUGAGAUCUUAACAGCCAGAAAUCCCCAACAAUUCAAAAGCCUGUUGUGUUUCUGCUGUUUCUGGUCUGAGCUGAAGGUUAAUGGGCAAGUGUUUGUAUAGAUGAGCAGUGUGUGUCAGGGUUCAGUGCCGUGUCCCUGAGUGCAUGUUAGCUGUAGGGACUGUUACAGGGUUGUCCUUUCUAGAUAUGUAGAAGUAUGUUUUUACUAUAAGGUGUGUUGUGUUUCUGGAUUCUUAUACAGAUGAGUUAAAACUUGCUUCUAGGCCUUAGCGAAGCUGUUGUACACGGUAAGCUGCUUCUUGUGUGACUUAUUCUUAGAAUAGAAAUGUUUAAAGGUAAAAAGAGCUUCAUUUGGACAUUGGACGCGUAGUUUUCUGGACUGAAGUCACGGUCCUAGAAUUGUAGAGGUCUCACAUAUUAGAUGCUAAUCUAGGCUGUAUAAGCUAGCCCCAGAAGUCCAGUGUCCCCCACACUGUACACCCCAGCCCUGCAUUGCUCCCUCCCUUCCCAAGGUGCUCCUGCUACUACCCUGACCUGCUCCUUUGGCGCUCUCCACCUCCUUGGCCGAGUUUUGGGCAUCAAGCAUGUGAUGAGAAAUACUUUCAGCACCAAGUAUGCUUGCCUAGGCCUGGCCACCACCCCCACUUUGCCUUUGGCUGGCCAUAGUCAUCAAGAGAUAAUACCUGUUGCCAGGCACAGAAUGUACUCAUGAUGUCAGUCAUAAAUGCCCCCCAGCAUGUUUCUGUGCAUCCUGGUCUUUAAACCCAGUCAUUAUUCAGUGUUCAUUGUUGGCUGUGGUCCCAGGAGAAAAACAUUCCAGGCUGCUGUAUGCUGUCCAUCUGCAGGCUCUGCUUUUACUGUGUUUCUUCAUACUUGAAACUCAUUCUGCUGUUUUGAUUUCACGGUGCAGACAUCAGGGUGCACAUUCCCUCAAGGUGCAUAAUUGCUCUCGUUCCGUUUGCUCAUAUUGCUACAGAACGCUCUGUUUUGGUGCUCUGGGUUCAACAGGUCAAAGAAGGGGUGUGGGAGCUCACUGCCUAGAACACAGUCUUAGAAGCACGGGGCAGGAGUCCUGGUGAUGGUGUUGCUUCGGCUCUUCUCUGUGCCCCCUAGGUGGGAUUGCCAGGCCAGCCUGCCAGGUUCACCUGGGGACCUUUCUUUGAAGGGUCUGUGAACCAACCAUGUGCUGUAACUCAAGGGUGGGUGUGGCUCACCCUCUCUGGCAGCCCUACCUAUCCAGGUUACUAGCCCUCAGAAAAAUGACCUUGGGGAACACAUAGCGAAUGAACGGACGGGCAAGUAGACCUGUGUCACUCUAAUGACACACACGCCCCACUCCACACAGGAAGCCCUCCGGAGGAAAAUCAUAAAAGGGUAUCUCUAAGCCUGCCCUUCACAGCCCUGAGCUGAAGGCUUUUGCUCCCUUCCUUUGAAGCAGAUGAAAAUACUGGUCAGUUUAUCCGAGCCCUUUCCACUUAGGAGAAUGGGAAAGUAGAGGUGUGUGGUGUGUCUCUGUCAUCCAAAGACCACAACUUCUACCAAAUCUCCCGUCACUAGAAGUCCAUUUUUAAAAGCAGCUUGGGGAAGGGGUGACUCCAGGCUUCCUAAGGGCAUCUUAACCUGGGGCUUCCCUGGAGAGGGAGGGCUACAGUAUUCCUUCUGUGUCAGUAGGAGAGGAAACGGGCAGGAAAUGAAGAGGGUCACAGAUCAAUACUCCUUUGGAAACUGGAUUUCUACUGGGUGCUAGACUGCAGAUUUAGGUAUUUAUUGUCAGGUAAUUGAAUUCAUUGCUUUUCAAAACCAUUGUUCAAAGGUCACCAUCCAUUGGAUUCACUUGUGUGCCAGCUGAAUUGGUUGAAGCAAAACCAGAAAAUGGUUUGUAUGUUUGUCAUGCCUUUUGUAUUUCCUACAAUAAAAAUGUUGGUAGCAAUUAAAAACAGCCGUUUCUGACUCCUUGAGAGAUGGGUUGCUCUCCCA